GUUGGUCUUGCUGUCUCAGGGGUGGCAGAGGCAGAAGAGAUGGAAGGGGAGGCAGGAGAGACUGGCACCCGCUCGGUGUGCAAAUGGACCCGCGCAGUUCAAAUCCGCGUUAUUCAAGGGUCAACCAUACGUACAUAAGGCUCCCUCGCAAUCGAGCUGCGGCCCCUUUAAGAAACAACGGAGCCCCUCACUCGCCUAGAGGGCUGGGCUUCGUUUCCCAGCGCCCCUCUGGGCGCCACUAGGCCUUUCCUUCGAGAGAGCACGACUGGGGCGCCCUCCGGGGCAGCCUGCGCAGCUGCGGCAACUACAUUACCCAGAGAACCGUGCGUUGAGCGGCAGUGCGUUUAUCCAAUGAAAACCCAGGAUAGCGGCUCUCCUGAGCGGGCUUACGCCUUGGGGCGGGACUUCCUGCGCUGGGUCACUUUGGCUGCCCUCGGGUCAAUUCUGUCUGCAGCUCUGGUACCCGGCGUGGGGACCAAAGCGACGGCCCGAGAAGGCGCGAGAGGCGGGUCUGAGGGGCGGCGGCGGCUGACGGCUGCGCCCGGGUCUCCGCCCGGUCGUCCGCGGUUCCUGACUCCGAUCCGCCCGGGGACCGAUGGCGGCGGCCGCGCCGGGGGACUCGGCUCCGGUUCCCAUGGCUGCAGAAGUGCUUUUGGAACUUGCACAGGUCUGGGAACCCUGGAGAAUCCCCAAGUUCAGGGUCCUGAGUCCAGACCAGUACUUAUAUGGAUGUGUUUCCAUUUGGGGCAGCCAUUGGAAAGAGAUAUGGAAGCUUAUGGUAGGAACAGGUACCAGCAUGUGGAACUGCUUGGAGGGCAUCGUGACCUUUGAAGACGUGGCCGUGUCCUUCUCCUGGGAGGAAUGGGAUCUUCUUGAUGAGGCCCAGAAACACCUGUACUUCGAUGUGAUGCUGGAGAACUUUACACUCACAUCCUCCCUGGGUUAUUGGCAUGGAGUGGAGCAUGAAGAAGCACCUUCUAAACAGAGCAUUUCUGUAGAAGGGGAGCCACAGGUCAGGAUUCCCAAAGAAGAUUCAUCUUCCCAGAAUGCCUACCCUUGUGAAAUAUGUGGCCUGGAUUUGAGAGAUAUUUUGCACUUGGCUGAGCACCAGGGAACACAUCAUGGACAGAAACCAUACACAUGUGGAAAACAAUUCCACUUCUCUGCAAACCUUCAACAGUACCAGAGGCAGCACGUCAGAAGUUCUGCGGACAGAGCCUCAUUUAUAAAGAGCUGCACAGUUCCUGUGUCAGGGAAGCCCUUUACCUGCAGGGAGGUUGGGAAGGGCUUCCUGGCCAACAUGGGAUUUCUCCAUCAGCAGGCCAUUCACGCAGGAGAGAGGCCAAAUAGCCAUAACAAAUGUGAGGUGACCUCUCACAAUGGAAAAAGUCAUCACAACUGGGGAGAAGUCAAGAAACCCUUCAGCCACACAGACACACUUGUUCAGGACGAGCAAAUCCUCACCAGAGAACGGCUUUUUGAGUGCAGCAAAUGUGGGAAAACCUGCACUCGAAGAUGUAACCUCAUUCAGCACCAGAAAGUCCACAGUGAAGAAAGGCCUUAUGAAUGCAAUGAAUGUGGAAAAUUCUUUACCUACUACUCCAGCUUCAUUAUACAUCAGAGAGUUCACACUGGAGAAAGGCCUUAUGAGUGCCCUGAAUGUGGGAAAUCCUUUAGUCAAAUCUAUAGCCUCAAUAGCCAUAGGAAAGUUCACACUGGAGAAAGGCCUUAUGAAUGUGAGGAAUGUGGGAAAUCCUUUAGCCAAAGGUCCAACCUCAUUCAACAUCAAAGAGUUCACACUGGAGAAAGGCCUUAUGAGUGCGGCGAAUGUGGGAAAGCCUUUAGCCAAAACUUCAGCCUGAUUUACCACCAGAGAGUUCACACUGGAGAAAGGCCUCAUGAGUGCAGUGAAUGUGGGAAAUCCUUUAGCCGAAGCUCCAGCCUCAUUCACCACCGGAGACUUCACACUGGAGAAAGGCCAUAUGAGUGCAGUAAAUGUGGGAAAUCGUUUAAGCAAAGCUCCAGCUUCAGUUCACAUCGGAAAGUCCACACAGGGGAAAGGCCUUAUGUGUGUGGUGAAUGUGGGAAAUCUUUUAGCCAUAGCUCCAACCUUAAGAACCACCAGAGAGUUCACACUGGAGAAAGGCCUGUUGAGUGCAGUGAGUGUGGGAAAUCCUUUAGCUGUAAGUCUAAUCUCAUUAAACACCUGAGAGUUCAUACUGGAGAAAGGCCUUAUGAGUGCAGUGAAUGUGGGAAAUGCUUUAGCCAAAGUUCCAGCCUCGUUCAACAUUGGAGAGUUCACAGUGGAAAAAGGCCUUAUCAGUGCAGUAAAUGUGGGAAAUCCUUUGGCUGCAAAUCUGUCCUCAUUCAACACCAGAGAGUUCACCCUGGAGAAAGGACUUAGUUGUACAGGGAAUAUGCAGUUUUCUUUUAGUGUAAUUACACUGGAGGAGAACACCUUUGAGAGAGCCAUCUACCUGAAUUAAAGCCCCAACAUCUGAAGUUGCAUAGUGGGGAAAUUCCCCUUAAGUUCCAGGUGUGUAGAAACUUUAAGGAGCUCUCUUACACUUUCCAACCUUCCAUUUAUGGCCCUUGCCAUUUAUGUCAGUGACAGUGUCUGAGGCAGAAGCCAUAUCACCUCCACCACCUGCCAGGUCCGCAGAGUAUGCAUCAUUUGCCACCCCAAUCUGCUCAGGGAAACAGACUGCUAUGUUUUUCCCAUUUACUGGAGGAAAUCAUGAGUAGUCUGAGCCCUUAAGGGGUCCUCAUAUCCUUCUCUCUGGCAAGUUAAGGCAUGGAUGUGACCCAAAUUUGUACCACAGAACCAGAUAUGAGUUUUGUUGGCAGCUUGCCAAGGACUGUCUUUUUCAGGGACAUGUUGGUCUCAUGUGAUGCUUACAUGGAUUUUUUCCAGUCACCAACCUGGGAACUUCUUGCCUCACAUUGCUUUGAUUUUUGCAAUAAUAAAGGCUUUAUUAUUUAAACUA